CACGAGUUAGCGAGGUUGAGGUAAACAUUACGGUCCGUUUUAGUUUCGCGCCACAAUUGUAGAAUACAAUGGCUGCUACUGGAUUUGAUCAAUCCGAAGUUUUUUUUUCAGAUCCCUUUGGAUCUGAAGAUAAUGCGAAUUCGAAUUUCAGCUCCAAUGUAAAUGAUACAAGAAAAAAGUUUAAAGACUUUAUUAAAGAGUUUCACGAAGUAAACUUUGUCUUUCCGUACAGGGACCAGCUAAAAAAAAAUUACAGUUUAGGACAAUAUUAUUUGGAUGUGAGCUUAGACGAUUUACGUAGUUAUGAUGAGCAUUUGGCUGAUAGAGUUGAAAAAUCGCCAACUGAGUGUAUCCCUAUAUUUGAAGAGGCAGUUCGUGAAAUUCUGGAAGAGAUAACGAAACCUAGAUCUGCCGAUCAAGAAGAGAUUCAAGAUGUUCAGAUAACUCUUCGUUCAGAAUCUCAUCCUAUGAGUAUAAGGAGCAUGACUUCAGAACAUGUAUCAAAACUUGUAAAAGUCCCUGGUAUAAUAAUAAGUGCAUCUGCUAUGAGAGUUAAAGCUACACGAAUUACAAUUCAAUGUCGAAGCUGCCGUAAUACUUUACCAAACAUUGGUCUUAAGCCUGGUUUAGAAGGGUAUGCUAUGCCAAGAAAUUGCCCCUCUGAUCAAACAUCAAAGCCUGCUCCUUGUCCGAUGGAUCCUUUUUUUAUUCUGCCUGACAAAUGCAAGUGUGUAGACUUUCAGGUUUUAAAGUUACAAGAAUCUCCUGAUGCUGUUCCAAAUGGUGAAAUGCCGCGUCAUCUUCAGCUUUAUGUAGAUAGAUACCUGACAGAAAAAGUUGUACCUGGAAAUCGAGUUACUGUUAUAGGAAUUUUCUCAAUUAAAAAAAAUGUUGCAAGUAAAAAGAGGAAUGAUGAUGGUGGUGUUGGUAUACGCAAACCAUAUAUGAGAGUAAUUGGAAUCCAGAUUGAAACUGCAGGAGCUGGUCGCAGCUCAGGAAAUAUUCAUUUUUCACCAAGUGAUGAAGAGGAAUUUUCAAAAUUAGCUGCUCGUCCUGAUGUUUUUGAUUUAGUUUGGAGAAGUGUAGCUCCGUCUAUUUAUGGUAGUGAAGAUGUAAAAAAAGCUGUUGCUUGUCUUCUAUUUGGUGGAUCACGCAAACGAUUACCAGAUGGUCUGACUCGUAGAGGAGAUAUAAACAUUCUAUUGCUUGGAGAUCCUGGCACAGCAAAAAGUCAGUUGUUAAAGUUUGUUGAGAAAGUUUCUCCAAUUGGUAUUUAUACAUCAGGAAAAGGAAGUAGUGCUGCUGGAUUGACAGCUUCAGUUAUAAGAGAUCCUGUUUCUCGCAAUUUUAUUAUGGAAGGUGGAGCUAUGGUUCUUGCUGAUGGAGGUGUUGUUUGUAUUGAUGAGUUUGACAAGAUGCGUCAAGAUGAUCGUGUGGCUAUUCAUGAAGCAAUGGAACAGCAAACUAUUUCAAUUGCUAAGGCUGGUAUUACGACUACUCUGAAUUCCAGGUGUUCUGUUUUUGCUGCUGCAAACUCAGUGUUUGGUCGAUGGGAUGAUACUAAAGGGGAGCAGAAUAUUGAUUUUAUGCCAACUAUUCUGUCUCGUUUUGAUAUGAUUUUUAUCAUAAAAGAUGAACAUGAUCAAAAUAAAGAUGUGCACCUUGCAAAACAUGUUAUGCAAGUUCAUCUUCAUGCUGGACAGUCUAAUCAAGGAAUGGAAGGAGACCUUAGUUUAGCUUUCUUUAAAAAGUUUAUUGAUUAUUGUAGAAGAAAAUGUGGUCCGCGUUUGUCAGAAAAUGCUGCAGAAAAGCUUAAAAACCAGUAUAUUCUUAUGCGCAGUGGCGCUAGAAAUAUGGAAAUGGAAUCAAACAAGCGUAAUUCUAUACCUAUUACUGUGCGUCAGUUGGAGGCUAUAGUUCGUAUAGCUGAAUCUCUUGCAAAAAUGAAGCUACAACCAUUUGCAACAGAAAGUGACAUUGAUGAAGCUCUACGAUUAUUUCAUGUGUCCACAUUAGAUGCAGCAACAUCAGGAAAUUUAUCUGGAGCAGAAGGUUUUACUCCUGAAGAGGAUAUUGAAGAAGUAAGAAGAAUUGAGCAAGCACUUAAAAAACGAUUUGCAAUUGGAUCUCAGGUGUCUGAGCAAAGAAUAGUUGCUGACUUUGUAAAGAAUAAAUAUAACGAGAAAGCAGUUUCGACUGUCAUUCAUAUUAUGCUGAGACGUGGAGAGUUGGAACACCGAUUUCAAAGAAAAGUACUCUAUCGUGUUCGAUAGAGACUUUGUUGUGCUAAAAACUAAGAAAUUAAUUAGAAUGUGAAAUUUUUUUUUUCGAUCAAAGCAUUUUUUCGAAAUAAAGGCGAUCAACUAUUUGAUGAAAUCAAAACAAUUUGUUGGCAUUCAAUAAAGUUAAUGCAGUUUUUUUACAAUCAAAUUAAAGUUAUCAUGUUGUGCUGAGGCUUUUAUUUACAUAAAAUCAAGCAAUAAAGCUUAUAUAAUCGUUUACGAUAAAGUCGUUUUAAAGAUGCAACGAUAGUAAGUCAGUUUUUUUACCAACAUGUAGAAAAAGUUGUAAAAAUUUAUUAUUUUGUAUUGGAAUCUUUAUUGUGGGUAGACACGAGAAAAUUAUUUACUAAUAUUAGCCCAUCAGAACUUUGA